AUGGCGACCGCGAUCACAGCACCUAUUGUGCAUGCAGGACCUACCAAUGAAGCCUCUAGCAACAGUACUGCUACCUCUGCCAUUGAAGACCAUCCAGAUGGUGCAGAGAUUCGUCGUCAAGUGGAGUUCUACUUCUCCGACGAAAACCUUCCCACAGACAAACACCUACUACAGUGCUGUGGUGGACGCGAGAAUCUCCCCGUCUCGAUCAGUCGCAUUCGCGGUUUCCAGAGAAUGCGCCAAUACAAGCCCAAGACCCUCGUUACUGCAGCUCUCCGCUUGAGCGCCUUUCUGGAAGUGUCUGCUGACGGAAAGACCAUCAAGCGUAAGGUACCUUUGACUGGAAAGAAUAUCCUCGAUCCAGAUUACUUCGAUACCGAAGAUGACGACGAUAUUGCUUACGCCCCAGGUUCUCGAAAGGCGAAAGCGCAGCGGCCGGCUCAGUAUCCAGUACCACUACUGCCCCAAACAAAGGCAAAGUAUCCCGAAGGGGUGUCUAAGAAUAUGCUCAAAGCUACUGGGUUCGAGAAGGCCUACAUUGAGCCUGUUCUCACCCCUGUGGAAGCUGCCGAGGAAGAAGAGAUGUACGCUCUGACCAAACCGUUUGUCGAACGUAUCGAGAUCGCCAUCCAGCGCUUCAAGCAGAAGCGUCGCAUGCAUGAAAUGUAUGCACAUGUCUUCAACAAGCUCAUGCGCUUCGGCGGAGUAGAGUCUGGUCCUCGCAUGUAUCAAGGGCUUUCCAAGCACGAGAUGAAUGAGAUGGGUCCUGAGGAACUUGCAAGGGCUCUCGCUGUCCACAAUGUACCCUGGGACCGCUCUAAUGAGAACAAGUGGGUCGUAGAUUUUGUAGCUCUCUGCAAAGCCUUCCUAUCAUCUUGGUAUCCCGCCCACUAUGGCUAUGCGUCGUAUGCUAUCAAGAAUGCUUGCCAAGUUCCCCGCUCCUUCCUCGGGUAUCUUCGCUUUCACCGUGUCUGUCCCGAGUUCGAUGACCAGAUGGCCACUGCACUUCAAAUCUGCGAUCAGGCUGAGCAGGAGCUUCCAAAAGUCAACUCUCUAGGUCUUGCCCUGCCCGGAGAUUUCAACAAAUCUGCUAGCGUCUUAUUCGGUGGUGCCCAGGCUGGUAUGUUUACUGGUAACAAGUCCUGGGCGGAGGAUCUGAAGAAGGAAGGCCUGGCGGUUGUGGAAAUUGGUAUCCGGGACGAAGAAGCUAGGAUCAAGUUCGGCACUGGCAUCGCUGUUCUGGGUUCGGAGGCGCAAUAUGACAUGUUUGAGUCUGGGCAGCUAAAAGUUCUCGGCAAGGACACUGCCUACCUUGAGGUCACUGCCAUCAAUCUUCCCGACAACGAUACCAAGUCUGCAUAUGCAGAGCAGAGUGAGGCCUUCAAACAUAAGCUUGGACAGCUUGGACCCCUCGGUAAGCUUUCCUGCAAGACCUGGCACACGGACGACUGCGACGACUACGAUCUACCCAAGGAUAAAACCAAGUACCCCAAUGGUAAGCCACGGAAAGCUGGCAAUGGCAAAGAGUACGAGUUUUGGAUCGAGGAGAGCAUUCUUGAGGACUGCUUCGUGGGCCUGAAGAUGGAUGCCACUAUCCUGCUCCUUUCUGGUGGUCUCACCAUUCUCGACGACAUCAAGGAGACUAUGUGUAGCUUCUACACUUGGAUCCCAAACGAGCUGUGGAUGGAGAGGAAGCCAAAGGAAGUGCGAUGGUUGAAGAAGGGCUUGGGUCUCGACGAGGACGAGGACGAGGACGAGGUUGAGAUCCUUGGAGGGAACAAAGCGAGCGCGGGUAAAGAUGCUUCCGAUGACGAUUUUGACGACGAGUAG